AUGCCACGUCCAACAAGCCACCAAAAAAAAGCUAUAAAGGCUUAUGAAGCAAAAGUCUAUAAGCAUAGUGCCGAUAAUUCAGAAGCAGAAAACUCUGAUGAUAUUGGCAAUCUUUCCAUUU